AUGGAUUUUAGUACCUCAUCGGUGUUUGAUCAGCACAAAGGUGAUUCGGCAGAAGAAAUUGACCUGACUGUGGUUUACCAAGCAGCUGCUAAUGGCGAUGUCAACACACUAACUGCAGUGAUUCGUGAAGAUCCUUCAAUAUUAGAAUGCUGCGACAGUGAGGGUUGUACCCCCUUGAUGCAUGCUGUUUCGGGACACCAAGUCGAUACAGUGAAAUUGCUGUUGAAGAUGGGAGCAAAUAUUAAUACUCAAGAUGCCUGUGGACGCACCAGUUUAUCUCUUGCAACAUAUAUGGGGUGGCUUGAAGGCUGUGUCAGUCUGCUCCGAAAUGGUGCCAAGCAGAACAUACCUGAUAAAAAUGGGAGACUGCCACUGCAUGCUGCUACCGCAGAGCCUAAUGUGAGGCUUCUAACAGUGCUGCUGCAGCAAUCGCAUCUAAGUGACAUUAAUCAUCGGGACAAUGAGGGAAUGACUGCACUUCACUGGGCUGCUUUCCACAAUCGGCCCCAGCAUGUGCAAACCCUGCUGCAGAAAGGAGCAGAUCCAACUCUGGUGGACAAAGACUUUAAAACAGCUCUUCACUGGGCAGUACAGAGUGGAAACAGGAUUCUGUGUUCCAUCAUUCUGAACCAUCACCAGGGUUCAUCGCUAAUAAACUAUGACGAUGAGAAUGGGAAGACGUGUAUGCACAUUGCUGCUGCUGCAGGUUACAGUGACAUUAUCAGCGAGCUGGCUAGAGUCCCGGAGUGCAAUCUGCAGGCCCUUGAUGUGGAUGACAGGACGCCUCUACACUGGGCUGCAGCAGCAGGGAAAGCUGACUGUGUACAGACGCUGCUGCAGCUGGGGAUAGAUAGCAGCUCUCGGGACAUCAAUGAAAACACUCCUCUGACAUACGCGAUGUACUGCGGGCACACAGCGUGCAUCAAGCUGCUCUCUCAGGAGAACAGUAGAUCGGAGCCAGUCCAUCACCCUCCUUCACAGAACAAUAAAAUCCUAAAGAAGGAAGCAAGAUUCAGUAUGCUUAACCAAAUCUUCUCCUGCAAAAAGAAGAAAGAUGAUCAGAAAACAAACCAGAAAGACAGAGGCAGAGACAGAUAUCAAAGGGAAGAGACCUCGGAAGUUGAUGACAUUAUCACUACGUUUGAUUGCAUUAUGGACACAAACUGUAAAGACAACUCCGAGGAAUGUCUGACCACUGUUGACUUUAAAAGAAGGAGCACAGACACCCAGAAGUACCUCAUAUCAGAAAAGAAGCAGCCAGAGUGUAAUGGACUUCCUCCAAUAAGAACACAAAGUCUCCCCCCCAUUACUAUAGGCAAUUCUUUUCUAACAACUUCCCAGAGUGCAACUUCAAGUGUGUCCUUGGGUACUAAUGCCUACCAUUUUGCACACAGAUCUCAGAAAAGUAGAAGUGAACAUGACUUGUUAGAUCACAGAAGUAGCUGCCAGACUUUAUCAGAUAAUCCUUGGAACACAGAUGCUAACCAAAUACUCUCGUAUAAAGUCUGUACUGCAACUUCUUCAGAUAAACUGAUAGAUGGUUUGCUCUCUGAAAGAUCCAGCCAUGUGCUUUUGUGCCCUCCCCACCUUCCCUAUCUGCCUAGUUCUCCAUCAGGGAAAAGUUUUCAACAGAUGUCCCUAGACCGACCCAAAGUAAAAGACCUUACUCCUGUACGGAACAAUCUAGCUCCCAUACCAGACCACUGUGUUCAGAAAAUCCAGCUACCACCUACUGAAGUUUCUCAGGGUGUCAAGAAGUCAAAGUCUCUGUCUUUAAACUCCUUAAGGACUGGCACAGCUAUACUCCCACCAGCACUUACCUCCAAAUCCCAGAGAGGAGGACUUUCUCAAAGUCAUUCACUGCAUUCCUUCUUACCAGUUCUAUCGGGGGACUCUCUGAGAACAAGCCGUGUCCUGCCUGCUAUCCCGAGCCAGAAGGGGUCCACUCUCACAGUGGAAUACUUUAAGAAAUCUUCCAGCAAAUCAGACAGUGAAAAUUAGCUCAUCUUGCUGGCCUCAAACACAUAGAUGGAAAUAUUUCUAAGCUUUUUAUUACAAGAUUAUUAUACAGUAGAACCUCGCUAAUUCACACUAGUGAAAGCUGAUGUGAACUAGACUGUUAAUGAUUAAACAAUUUAAAAAGCAAGGAUACUGCAUCACACACAGUAUUUUGUACAUUGCUUUGACAUUUUUAGUGUCAUUUUAAUUUAUUAUUCAUUUGAUAGUAAGUAGUGAAUAUACUGUAGUAUAUUUUGUGAAAGGAGACCCUAAUAACACACAACCCCACUACUGCACUGUGCUAUUAAAUCUUUGCUGAGAAGUAGGGCUAGAAUGCCAGGAUUUGUGUGAGAGUCAUAAGAUGUUUGGAUAAGUGAAAUGUAAGUUUGUGAGGUUUUACUGUGGUUCACAAAGCAAAGGCUCUGAUGCUGAAAACCAUUUUUUUAAAAACUAAAAUUCUGAACUCUAAAGAAACAUUUUGGUAAAUCAGCUGUUAUUUUCCAAUUUAUUUCUAACACAUUUUCUGCACUGUGAAUUUGUGAUUUUUGUGAUCUCCACAUGCCAAAAAAAAAUGUAAUACAAAAAACAAAUCUUUGCAGGACAGACAGGGACAUACCACAGGCCUUUCAAAAUGUUUGCUGAUUGCACAGAUUGAUUUAUGUAUCUGAUUUACUUAAUACUUUAUAUUCUUCAAUAACAAGACACUAUUAUUUUCAUAUAACAAGGAUAAUUCAAUCAGAUCGGUGUUAUUAGCUGUUAUUUCAUCAAUUUAAUCCUUCUGAUCUACAAAUUAAAAAAAUCAAAACUGAAAGCCUUUUAAU